CAAGUUGGACUCGAAGCUUCAAAUUGAAGAAAGCUUCACACACAUCAUUGGGCAACAAUGCGUCUUCUGCACUCAAUAAUACCGACUUUGCUAAUUGCUUCAGCCCAGCGUGGACUGGCAGCUUCAUCUUGGUCUUUUGAAGAUGCCACCUUGACUGUGUCAGGCAAAGGCGCUGGAGUCGGUGGUGGAGCGAAGGAGAAACUGUCAGCUACCGUACCGUUGCCGAAGACGGUCGCUCUCGGAGGAAAGGACACAUUGAGAAUUGUUCUCACGACCACAGAGGAUAAGAAGGCCAAACGCCCGCAUCAGGCAUUCCUUACUCUCACUGAACCAUCAUCUGGCCUGGAAGAGUCCUUCCCGCUCACCUUGAAAGAGAAUGGAAAGGGCAAGGUCGAAGUUACACAAAAAGACCUGCCCACGCAACUCGUUACCUCCGCAGCUCCACUCAAGGCCUCACUGAUAGUCGCGUCCUUCGGAUCGAGCAAACCAUACCGUUCUCCUGUCUUCACAUUAGCUGUUGAGCAAGAUCCGGCCGCGCCAAUUACGAUCCCAGAGCCACCAAUCCGAUAUCGCGCCUUAGAAGAGAUUCGUCACAUCUUCCGGUCUGACCCUUCCUCCCCACCUAUUAUCAUAACGUUAGUCUUUACAAUCGCGGUCAUCGCGGCUCUUCCGGCUGUUCUUGGUCUAUGGCUCACUUUGGGAGGAAAUGGUAGCCAUUUUGGCAAAGCGAUGAACGCAGCGCCAGUAUCACACGCACUGUUUGUCGGAUCGAUUGUUGCUAUGGAAGGGAUAUUCUUCCUCUACUAUACCACGUGGAAUUUGUUUCAAACUCUGCCAGCUGCGGCGGCUGUUGGUGUUGUUGCUUUCUUGAGCGGCAGCCGUGCGCUGUCGGAGGUGCAAGAACGAAGACUGGAUGGUCUCAGAUGAGUCCGAAGCAUGGUAUUGAAGACUAUCAAACAUUCUCUCGGCCCUAGUUUCGGGUAUCAGAGUGUAGCGGAGGCUUUGUUCGAGGUGUCAUAUAGUGCCGGAAGGUCUUUUGUGCUGGGAAAUGCCUCUAUAGAUAUGCCAUGAUGGAUCUGGCUAUGCGCGAAGACAUGUAUCACCGCAGUAUGUAUCAUAAGCCAGUGCAAUAUGUUACGUGUCCUGGAGCUUCUCAAGCAACUAGGCUCAUGCGUUAACUCUAAAGUCAUGCACUGCUAAAACGUCCAUCCGGUUACAGAUAAAAGUGCACCUUUGUUACAGACACCAUAUAACGCAAUCCACCAAUUGGCUCAUGGAGAAUUUCCUCCCCUCAUCAUGUUGUUU